CCACCCACAAUGACAACCCCCUUCCAGGCCCUCAGGCCUCGCCUUCCCCAGCAUGAAGACCAUGAAGAAACCACCCAAUUCCCCUCCUCCCCUCAUGAUGCCCCCAUAUCUACCUCCAAACUCGCAUACAAAUCCUUCACCGCUCUUACAACCCCCCGUAAACUCAUCCUCCUCAUCUCCUUCCUCCUCGGCAUCUCCCUAACCACAAUGCUCAAACACGAGUCCCUCCUCUGGCUCCUCGCCUCCAAAACAGGCACCACCCCAAUGGUAGGAUACGGCCAAGGAGCCCCCUUCGACUACCCAGGCCUCCGCUUCGACGUCCAGGACCGCAAAUUCCAAAUCACCGUCUUCAGCGACCUGCAUUUAGCCGACCAAGCGCGUCCAGAAGGUUCAGACAACCAAACCAUCGCCGUCAUGAACAAAGUCCUCGAUGCCGAGCCAGGCACUGAUCUCGUGGUUCUCAACGGCGACCUCAUCUCCUGCGAAUGGGUCGGCCCGGAAUCCGUAAACUCGACUAUCGACAAAAUCAUCGAUCCGCUGCUCGCUAGGAAAUUGCCGUUUACAGCAACGUUUGGGAAUCACGACAUGAGCAAGACGUGUGACACGCGCGCUGUGGCGCAGCAUAUGCGCGAGAAAGCGAGUGUGCUGGCUACGGGGCAUCGCGAGGUCACGUGGACGAGGAAUGCCGUGCAGGGGAAGUAUGAGGAUGUGGGGACCAGCAAUUACUACAUCCCUGUUUACUCGGCGAGUGGAGGCGGGAACCCGAAUUUGAGCAUGGUGUUGUGGUUUUUUGAUAGUAGGGGUGGGAACAAGUAUCAGCCGGGAGGAGAGGACGAAGGGGUUGGAGACUGGGUUGGCGAUGAGGUGGUAUCGUGGUUCACGCUCCAACGCAACUUCCUCCUCUCCCAAAACAACAACAUCCCCAUCCCCAGUCUAGCCUUCGUCCACAUCCCGCCCUCCGUCACCGCUGCGUUCCAGAAAAGCGGCCUCCGCACAGAAGCCACGGAACCAGGCCUCAACGAGGAAACCAUCAACACGCAAGCCGAAGGGAUAAAAGGCGGCGACCACAAGUUCUUGCAAGCGCUCAUCGACACAGAGGGAUUGAUGGCGGUGUUUUCGGGCCAUGAUCACCGCAUCGAUUGGUGCAUGAAAUACUCCCGCACCCACCCAAUCCCCACCUUCCAGCCCCCCGUCGCGAAAAACGGCAUGCAUCUCUGUUUCAACAGACACACGGGGUACGGCGGGUACUCGGACUACGAGCGCGGCGGACGGCACAUCGUUGUCGACGAAGACGAUCUGAUUACCUCUCUUCAUGCCUCCCACCCCCGCCAACAACCACCCGGAGAAACGCAACAGCGUAAAGAAAAAGAAGGAGGUGGUGGAGGGCUGCAAAUGUGGAUCCGUCUUGAAUCCGGACAUGUUUCCGGAAACGUCAGUUUGAAUGCUUCGUACGGCGUUGACGAGUAUGAGGUUGUUGGGAGGGGGAAGACGUUUUUAGGUGGUGGUGGUGUGGAGGUUGAUCUUUCCUCCUCCUCGUCCCUCGCCCCUUCUCCUUCGUACAUUUCUUCUUCCGCUGGAUAUGCUUCGCGAGUAAGUCGGAGUCGGAGUUCAACGCCGACCCCACCCACAACAACAACGACAACGACAACGACGACGUCGGCGACAGGCACUCCCGAAUCUACUCCAAUCCCAACUGAAGUUCACGACGCUUCGGGAGUCGUGGCGGUGUCGAGGUCUUUGCCGUCGGCUAACUCUGCGUCUUCUCCACUAUCUUCAUCAUUAUUAGUGAUGAGGUGGUGGAUCCUGGUGUUUCUCUAG